AUGGGCGCUUUUAUGAACUACAUAGGUUUGGGUGCUGUCACUAAUCCCUCUACCUCUGGCCUGACCGAGCUGGAGAGCAUUCAACAGCUUCAGAAAGGUGGCGGAUACAUCACUGGCGAAGACGAAGUCGUGCAGGGUCUUCAACGUCAAGGCGAUCUGGAGGAUAGCUCAGGGGCAUUUCUUCUUGGGAUGCGCAAUGCUAUCGCCACAUUGCCCUGCAGGGAUGAUGGGCAGCUACCGAGGGUAACUUUUACGACGAUGAAAGAUGUUGGCCGAUUUGUAGCAGCGUCAUUAGACCUCGUAAAGUGGGAGGAAAAUAUGACAAUGGUGGGCGAGACUGUGAAUUUAGGUGAUCUACUGCGGCAUGCCGAAGAAAUCACGGGCUUCGACUUCAAGGUGGAAACUCGUUCGAGGGAAGCUGAUGAAGAAAGACUGCAGCAGUUGCGCCCCGAUGAUUUUUUAGGUCAACUCUUCACGCAGUUCAGGCUGGCUUUUGGACGAGACGCGCAGGAUGAGGGCAUACUGGAGCCUGUCGUGAACAGACUCUGCCCUGAUAUCAAGUCUAUGGGCAUUCGAGAAUAUAUGGAACGUUGUUGGAGAGCCGCUAAGGCCACCCAGCUCGGGGGCAUAUUGUACGGCAAGCUGCCCGCUUCUGAUCCCCAUACCACUCUAAAUUUCAACAGACUCUACAGCGAAUCUCUACCAAAUGGUUUUCAGUUCGAUUGCACUUUUGCGCACCUAGCUUCAUUCCGAGAGUUUCGCUCGAUAUAUCCUUGGGUGCUCCUGCAACGCUAUUUCCUCAUAGAGGUUGUGGAAGAACGGGCGGUACGUCUCGUCGGAAAGAAUGGUAAUGUUGCGGGCCUUGGCGAAGGCAACAAUCUCCGUAAAUGA